AUGACGGCGCAAAAGAUCCUUUUAGUUGGGAUCAGUGGAUGCUCAUCUAGUGGGAAAACAACAUUAGCUAAAAUUAUUACGAAUCUCAUCCCAUCAGCAGUGUUGCUCCAUGAAGACGACUUCUUCAAACACGAUGAAGCCAUUCCGUUCGAUGAAAAAUUCCAGGUGAGCAAUUGGGACUCUCCGGCCGCGCUAGACCUACCUCUGUUCAGAAAGGAACUCGAUCACAUUAGAGAAACGGGCAACAUUUCUGCACAAUUGAUACACAACGACAACCAUGACAACAAUUCUGGCGUCUCGUUAAAUGCACAAACUCAACGCAAGAUCGAGGAAAAGUUUGACACUGCCUUCCGGAACUCCAAUGUGACAGUUGUCAUUGUCGAUGGGUUUAUGAUGUACCAUGACGCAGAGCUUUCAAAAAAGUUCGACUUGAAAGUGUUGAUAAGAGCCCCAUAUAUUACACUUAAGAACCGGCGUGCUGCCAGAAGUGGAUACAAGACUCUCGAGUCCUUUUGGGUCGAUCCUCCCUUUUAUUUCGAUGAAUUCGUCUACAAAUCGUACCGCGAAAGCCACGCUCACUUAUUUAAGAACGGCGACGUAGAGGGCAAAAUCAAAGCAGAUUCUGGCGUUUCUGAUUACAUGAACGACGAUAGUACGGACAUCAAUGAAGCCUUGAUGUGGCUUUGUGAUCUGAUCGUUAUGUUGCGCUAA